AUGAAGGCCCCACAAGCCGGUGCUUGUCGGUUGAAACUUCUCCGUGCUCAGGACGAUCGACGUCACACGCGCCACCUCCCAUCCUGGCGUAUGCUUGUGGGCGAUUCGCUUGUUUGCGCAGGCGCUGCAUGUAAGGGCGGGGGCCUGGGGACGCUUUUGCCACACAGUGUGGGGGUCUCUGGGUCGCGAGGUGGGGCCGGAGUGGUUGUCCGCCGCCUGAGCCGGACGGAAGCGCGUGCGCCUGUCGCAAGCCGGGGGUGCUGGUCGUGGGGGGAGGGGGGGGGGGGGCCCACUACAAAUCACUCGGCAUAUCUGCUUAACAGCCUACACAAGACCAUGACAAUCAAAAAAAGUAACCCAGAUAUCCAUCCCACCUCACGGGUGCACUCCUGUGGCGGGGGGGGGCUCCACAAUCAGGGGGGGGGAGAGGCUGGGCCAACAUUUCUGACACCAACUCGGCGUUGGCACAACCCCGGGGGCCCCAAGGAAAAAGAACAAAUAUAA